AUGGCAACUGCUCAGAAGCAAAAGAACUGCAUGAGUGCAGUUGUGUUUCCUAGCAAAAUAUCUACUGAACAGCAGUCCCUGAUGCUAGUGAAGAGGCUCCUAGCAGUGGCAGUAUCUUGCAUUACAUACCUGAGAGGAAUCUUCCCUGAGAGUGCCUAUGGAACAAGAUACAUGGAUGAUGUGUGUGUCAAAAUUCUGAGGGAAGACAAGAACUGUCCUGGCUCUACUCAGCUGGUGAAAUGGAUGUUAGGAUGCUACGAUGCCUUGCAGAAGAAAUACCUAAGAAUGAUUGUCCUUGCAGUCUGUACCCAUCCAGAAGAUCCUCAGACAAUUACAGAGUGUUACCACUUCAAAUUCAAGUACACCCACAAUGGGCCGCUCCUGGAUUUCAGCAGUGAGAAUAAAAAGAAUGAUUCCACAAUCACCUGUGCCGACACCAAGAAAGCAAGUAUCCUUCUCAUUCGCAAGAUUUAUGUUCUGAUGCAAAACCUGAGUCCAUUACCAGAUGACGUUUGCCUGACUAUGAAGCUGUUUUAUUAUGAUGAAGUUACACCAUCUGAUUACCAACCUCCUGGUUUUAAGGAGGGUGAAUGUGAGGGGAUGAUAUUUGAAGGGGAGCCUAUGCAUCUGAAUGUGGGUGAAGUGCCAACACCUUUUCAUAUGCUGAAAGUUAAAGUUACAACUGAAAAACAGCGAAUGGAAAAUGUUGAUAAAAGCAUCCUAAAGCAUGGAGAGACUAAUGUGCCUCUCCAGGUGAACAGAGAUGAUCCAGAAGAAGAGAACCAGGACAUGAAUGAAGAUCCUGUCCUGGAUAAUAAAGUGGAAGAUAGGAAUAGUGUAAAUAUUUCGGAAGCUCAAG